CGGACGUGCGUGUGAGACUCCUUUUGCGCAAUUUACUAGUGAAUUCAUUAAAGUGACUUCGCACUUUUGGCAGUGUUUGGUAGCUUCACUAUAAAAUGAAGCUGCAAUUAUUAUACGCGGUCUGCCUAUUCAACAUCUACGCAGAAUGCCAUGACAUCACAAAGAAUAACAACUCCUCCAGAGACUUCCCCGCAAUGAGAUCACAGUAUUGGUACAAGAUUCGGAAGAUGAAUGAAUACCGCGACCCACCAGAUCAUACCAAAAUCAUCGCCAUGUCGAGAUAUGUCCUGCAUAAUACCAUUUGGUGUUCAAUAGCGACGAUAUCAACUUUGCCGGGCAUCCAAGGCUUCCCCUUCACGAACGUCAAAUCUUUUGUCGAUGGCUCUCUGGCCGUCUCUACCGGUGUCCCUUACUUCUACAUGGCGCCGGCUGAUUUCACAGCGAAAGAUUUGUCGAAAAACAGCCGCACCACAGUACUAGUGUCGCUAGAAGAGACAGGGUAUUGCUCUAAGCAGCAAUACGACCCUCAGGACCCGCGUUGCACGCGGCUCAUGCUCAGCGGAAAGAUGAAGAGGGUGACAGCGGGUUCGUCAGAAUACAGUUUCGCCAAGGCUGCGCUAUUCGAGAGACACCCAGAUAUGGCCAACUAUCCUGCAGACCACAACUGGUUCAUCGCAAAAAUGAAGAUCUUCAAAGUUUCCAUGGUGGACUGGUUCGGCGGCGCAAAGAAUAUCCCUGUUAAGGAUUACCUUGCUUACAACUAUACUGGAAGGGAAAUUUACAAUUAUUAUUACAGCCCAAAGGAUGACAAUUUACAUUCAAAUGAAGUUUAUCUGACAGAACCUAAUUCUGAGGUAGUCCAUAAAAAUUAACUCCAUAGCAAACGAAUCGGUAUACUCGGAAAAUUCGUUAGCAGGCGAAUUAGUACCAGAAAUAAUACGUAGAUUUUCAUUUUGCAACUAAACGCGAUCAGACUCGUUUUCUCUCUCUCGUCGAUUAGUACGAUGCGAUGGCAACAAUUAGUCUCAAUUUACGUAAGGGGGAAGCGAAUUUUGUAACAAAAUUGUACAUAGCAUAAUGAACUUUAUGUCAAUUGUUUAACGUGCAAAUUAGAUACGAUACAGUAACUGCGGGAAUUCCCGUGACUGCGUGAGAAUUCUGGGUAAGACGCAUAACCUGUUUUUUAGCUUGUGUCUAGAGGUGGGUGAUAAAUAACGUCACGAUGAAAAAAU